AUGGCUGAGUGCUCCUCCAGUCCUACCCUUACGUCGACCAUCCAGGACGUGGGCCAGGUCGUCUUCACCACCACAAUCGAGACCGUCACGACGCCCGAACCUGAACUUUCCACCAGCUUAGAAGUGACAACUGUCUGCUCCACCAAUUCGACAUCCCCAAUCUCGACCUCAUGUUCCACCAGCACCAUUACCGAAAUCAUCACAAUACCGGCGGACCCGAUAACGACGUUCGUCACCGAAGUAACGUCCACGCCGACCACCAGAGAAGUGCCGACGACGCUCUUUACCACCAUAUGUCCUCCCGACGUUGAUCCUCCGCCGCCGCCACCUUCGUCACCGCCCCCUCCCCCUCCAACCAGCGAUGAUAAUAACCAGUCCUCCUAUACACCGCCUCCAACCUCUCCUUCGAGCGGCUCUGCGGGUGGGUCAAGCACCGGGUCAUUGGGUGACACAUCAGCAAGCUCUGCUCCCACUGACCUCAGCCAAGACGACGGGGGCGGCGAGGGGACCAACGUAGCACCCAUCGUUGGAGGCGUGAUUGGCGGGUUCGUCGGUCUUGUCGCGAUCGUGAUGAUAACUUGGUUCUUCAUUAAAAAGAGCACUGGCUCUGGGCGGUUCGACAGGAUGUUUAACAAGGGCCUCGAACUUGAGGAUGAUAUUCAGCCGACUGGCCAUCCCGAGAAACCAUUCCCGCCAAAACCUGGGGCAGGUCAAUAUGGCUACAAUCCCGUCAGUCAAGAACCGAUAGGCCAUGGUCCCAACUCUGGUGGAUUGCACAACCAAGGGGGCUUUGGUCAAUACCAAGAUACCGCGUACCACCCGAACGCUCCUCAAGGUCAAGGACCUCACGAUAUGUUCACCAAUAGCACCGGUUAUCAGCCUGGCGGCAACGAGUACAACCCUUACUCUCCUGGUGAAUCGCAUCACGUUCGGACGCCGUCUGCUGCACCACUCCUCGGUGGGCUAGGGGCUGCAGCCGCAGCAGCGACAGGACACGCUGUCGCAGGAAGCUCAUCACGUCCAUCAACGAAUAGUGGCCGGCCUUCAACCGGUGGUUCCAUGCAGCCGCUUCUUCAGCACCAACAGGUUUACGGUCCAGUGUCUAAUUACGAUAACGCUCCACCUUCUGGAUAUCCAUCGAAUCACGGCCAACAUCCUCCGCAAGGUUUCUCGUAUCCGCCAAGCUCUAAUCUGUCGCAUUCGCUGAGCGCGGGCUCGUCCUCUGCUGGCGCAUCGUCUGUGUCGCCGUAUGGCCACGGUCCCUACGUUCAGCACGGCGUGCCCCCUCCCGGUAUCGCGACAACCAUGGCUGGUGGACUCCAUCAGCGCGACGAAUCCGUCACUUCGGUCGGUCGUUCGGGUAGCCCGGUUAGCAUCCAGAACACUCAGGUACUGCAAGUCAUGAACCCGGAGCCUUCGAAUUACGGUGAAGGUUCAUCGAGUGGGGCUGCUGGUUCUGGGUCUGGAACUGCUACUCAGUACGAUGGCAAAGGUAGACCUGUGAACACCAGAGGAGAGAAGGCACCUAUUGUACACCUUGAUGGUGGAAGGUACGAGGAACCCAUCGCGCCGGCUGAAGGGACAACCCAGCCUUCUUCUGGACCUGCGCCUCCUGCCUACUCUCCGUCAUGAGCGUUACCCACCCCUUUCCACUCUGCACGGCAUUCGUCAAAAUAGCAUAUUCACGACACCUUCACGCUCUGCAUUUCUAUCUGUUUCUGUUUAGCGUUCUCAUAGCCCACCCCCUUUCUAUGUCCUUUCGCACCUUCGACGCCUCAGUACCGUAGUACCCUUUCAUCUAUCCAUUCCUUCUUACCUUCUUUUUAAUAUGCUUGAAUCUACCUGGGCCUCAUUGAUGAACGGACUAUGGACAACACUGGACUUCCCCUUUCCUUCCAUUCCAUUCCAACGUACAGUCACUACUUCCAUUACUUAUCUACUCUCCCUCACUAUCGUCCAUUUACCUCACGCUUUCUAUUGGAUGAUUCGACUUCGUUGUGGUUCCAAGCCAUCCUUCACAUAAGUAAAACUAGUCAAGUUUCGUUUUCUCCCUCUAUUCAUCCCUUCUCUCGUCGUAAUGAAUAGCUGCUAACCAUGUUUUUUUAUUCGAUCGCCCUUGUUGUACAUACCGCAAUGGCAUCGGCUGGAUUGAC